CCUCCACCUGUCAUCUUGUUGCGUGGCUCUGACGCUAUCCCCAGGACUAGUAGAAGACAUUCCCUUGUCAGCAUGGUUGUGUUUUGCCACCACUCUGAGAGCAGCGCUCAAGGGCACCAAAAGGACUGAGAGGGUGCACACCACUGCCUCCAACAGUUUGGACGGCUUAUGGAGGUGGGAGAGGGCGAGCUGGACGGUGGCCUCCGCCUUGCUCCCCUUCCGGGGUUCCACCACCUCGCGGGGCCCCCAACCGCUAACUGCGCCCUACUCCCGCCCCCGGCCCCGCCCCGCGCUCUCGGCUAGCCGCCGGGCCCUGCAACUGGCCCGAGGCCGCGCCCCAGGAGUCCGCCUACCCCGGGCCAGUUGGGUGGGCGGCCCGGUGGGUGGGCGCGGGGCCGCCUCUACCGGCUGGCGGCCGUGACUCGACGACCUUGGCCCGGAGGCUCUAGCGGGAACCCACCCACGGCGGCGGCGCGGACUUUGCCCAGCGCGGGGGGACGGAGCGGACCGUGUGUCCGCGGGCGGGCCGCAGAGAUGUUGGCCUUCGCUGCCAGGACCGUGCCCGGGCAAGUGGCUGCCUCUUGCUAGGUUCUGCUCACCCACUUGGUAGCACAGUUAGGCUUAGAGAUCCAGCCCAAGGCAGACAGACAGGGCUCAGAACCUCAGUCCUGCCAUGGAGGACGGGCAGCAGAAAGAGAAGGUGAAGCCCCUGGACUUCCUCAAGCCCUCCUCCUUGAUGAAGGUUUCCAGUCGCUUUAAGACACACCAGGACUUGCUACCCCGGCUGCCCGUGCCCCCGCUCCAGCAGACCCUGGACCGUUAUCUCAAGGCGCUGCAGCCCAUCGUGAGCGAGGAGGAGUGGGCCCAAACCAAGCAGCUGGUGGAAGAGUUUCAGACCGCGGGGGGCGUAGGGGAGCGCCUGCAGAAGGGGCUGGAGCGCAGGGCCAGGAAGAUGGAGAACUGGCUGUCCGACUGGUGGCUUAAAACAGCCUAUCUCCAGUACCGCCAGCCCCUAGUCAUCUACUCCAGCCCUGGUUUGUUGCUGCCCAGGCAAGACUUUGUGGAUCGGCAGGGCCAGCUUAGGUUCGCUGCCAAAUUAAUCGAGGGCGUGUUGGAUUUCAAGGCCAGGAUUGACAACGAGACCCUGCCCGUGGAGUACCUGGGGGGAAAGCCGCUGUGCAUGAACCAGUACUAUCAGAUCCUGUCCUCCUGCCGCGUGCCGGGCCCCAAGCAGGAUUCGGUCACCAGCUUCAGCAAGACCAAGAAGCCACCCAUGCACGUCACCGUGGUGCACAACUACCAAUUUUUUGAGUUGGAUGUGUACCACAGCGAUGGGACGCCCCUGACCUCGGAUCAGAUCUUCAUGCAGCUGGAGAAGAUCUGGAACUCAUCACUGCAAACCAACAAAGAGCCCGUGGGCAUCCUCACCUCCAACCACCGUAACUCCUGGGCCAAGGCAUACAGCACCCUCAUCAAAGACAAGGUGAACCGGGAGUCAGUGCACUCAAUCCAGAAGAGCAUCUUCACCGUGUGCCUGGACGCACCCAUGCCUCGGGUCUCGGAAGACGUGUACCGCAGCCAGGUGGCUGGCCAGAUGCUGCACGGGGGUGGCAGCAAGCUCAACAGCGGCAACCGCUGGUUCGACAAAACGCUGCAGUUCAUCGUGGCAGAAGACGGCUCCUGUGGGCUCGUUUAUGAGCAUGCAGCAGCAGAGGGACCCCCCAUCAUCACCCUUGUGGACCACAUCAUUGAGUUCACGAAGAAGCCCGAGCUCGUGCGGUCUCCCAUGGUGCCCCUGCCCAUGCCCAAGAAGCUGCGGUUCAACAUCACCCCCGAGAUCAAGAGCGACAUUGAGAAGGCCAAGCAGAAUCUCAGCAUCAUGAUCCAGGACCUGGACAUCACGAUGUUGGUGUUCCACCACUUUGGAAAGGACUUCCCCAAGUCUGAGAAGCUGAGCCCAGACUCCUUCAUCCAGAUGGCACUACAGCUGGCCUACUACAGGAUCUACGGGCAGGCCUGCGCCACCUAUGAAAGCGCCUCUCUGCGCAUGUUUCACCUGGGCCGUACCGACACCAUCCGCUCGGCCUCCAUGGACUCACUGACCUUCGUCAAGGCCAUGGACAACCCUAAUGUGACGGAGCACCAGAAGGUGGAGCUGCUGCGGAAGGCCGUGCGGGCCCACCGAGCCUACACCGACCAGGCCAUCCGUGGGGAGGCCUUUGACCGGCACCUCCUGGGCCUGAAGCUGCAGGCCAUCGAAGACCUGGUGAGCAUGCCCGACAUCUUCAUGGACACCUCCUACGCCAUCGCCAUGCACUUCAACCUGUCCACCAGCCAGGUCCCUGCCAAGACAGACUGUGUCAUGUUCUUUGGGCCCGUGGUCCCAGAUGGCUAUGGUGUCUGCUAUAACCCCAUGGAGGCGCACAUCAACUUCUCCGUGUCGGCCUACAACAGCUGCGCAGAGACCAAUGCGGUCCGCCUGGUGCACUACCUGGAGAAGGCGCUCCUGGACAUGCGCGCCCUGCUGCAGAGCCACCCCCAGGCCAAGCUCUGAGCCCUGCUGCUCAGGCCUGCCGGUGCCACAGCCAAGCCGCCUUGGGCUGGGCCACCCACCGGGCCCUACUCCUUCGCUCCCUCUCCCCCUGGGCCCCCGCAGAUCUGACCGAGUCUGGGACGGCAUCCCCUAGCAGGGCCCGCGGCGCCGAGCUGAGUACCUUCCGUGGGUCCUCGCCAGCACCCGGGCUGAGUCCAGAAGCUGAGCAGGAGGUCGGGCCAGGUGCCUAGCAUCUCACCCGCUGCGGCCUCCUCCUGGGAGAGGAACCAGCCGAGCUCAUCCCUUGUCAGGGUGGGGACUGGGAAGUCCCUUUCUUACUAGCUCAGCUCUGCCCAGUUCCUGCCAUGUGCGUGGCCAGGCUGGGGUCUGUACCCUGAUCUCUAAGCUCCCAAGGACCUAGAGACGGGGUUACCUGGAGCUGGGGGCCUCCAGGCCUCCCCAAGGCUGAGGGGCCAGGGCGCGAGGGGUGCUGGUGGAGGGGAAGCCCACGCUGUGUCACAGCACCGUCCCCCGUGGCUCCCAGGCCCCAGCUCGCUUGCUUCCACACAGCUUGAUUCCUGAACCAUGUCCUGGUUGUAUAAUAGUAUCACGCGAGGCAGUUAAUAAAGGGGAAAUUUGUUGGGAAA